UGUGUGACAGUCCAUGAGAUUUAUGCUGAAUCGUGUGUCACCACACCUAAGCCACAACUUUUAAAUUCUGUUUUUUCAAAUUGUGAUACAUUUGUGAUUUAAAAAUGUUGAUAGUUUUAUUCAUCCCACUUUUUAUAGUGGCUUUAAUAUUAAGAUUAAUAAAGCAACGAAGUCCCAAGAGCUUAGAUAAAAGACAUGUAGUUAUAACAGGAGGUUCCAGUGGAAUUGGCAAAAGUGCAGCUGUUCUAGCCGCCAGAAAAGGUGCAAACGUUACUAUAAUAGCACGAAAUCUAGAAAAACUAGCAGCUGCCGAAAAAGAAAUCAAGGGAGCUUGCAUCCAUAAAGAUCAAAUUGUCACAGCUGUAUCAGUGGACGUUUCCAACAAAAUCGGUAUUCAUAACGAACUAAAUAACCUUGAGGAAAAAGUGGGCCCAAUUUACAUGUUGAUAAACUGUGCGGGAAUGGCGAUUUGUGGCAAAGUUGAGGAUUUUACAGAACAGGACGUCAAUACAAUGAUCAAUGCCAAUUAUUUGGGCACUUUGUACCCUAUCCAAAGUGUAGUUCCAAGAUUCAAAGACCGUCAAGAGGGAAUUAUUGUACUGACAGCGUCUCAAGUGGCUUUAAUGGGCAUGUUUGGAUACUCAAUUUACGCCAGUUGUAAAUUUGCCUUACGAGGUCUUGCAGAGUCUAUCAGUAUGGAACUUAAACCAUACAAUAUCUCUGUGACUUUAGCCCUACCCCCUGAUACUGAUACUCCAGGAUAUGAGAAUGAGAAUAAGACUAAACCUACAGAAACACAACUAAUAUCUGAAACUGGAGGAUUGCUGAAACCGGAAGUUGUAGCGACGAAACUCCUCAAAGAUGCUUUGAUCGGGAAAUUUUUCAGUUUUGUAGGAGUUGAAAGUUAUAUUUUGACCACUCUGUGCAUAGGAAUGACACCUUAUGUCGACUUUCUUGAAAUUAUGGUUCAGUCAGUUCUUUUGGGACCAUUAAGACUCAUUGGCGCUUAUUAUUUACAAACAUUUCAUAAUAUUAUUCAAAGGUGCUAUCUACAGAAACAGAAAGACAACUAAACAUUGUUUUAUUUUUGUUUAAGUAUUUCAUAUGUAAAUUAGUAAAAUUCUGUUUAUAAAACGUUUGUUGUAUAAGAAAUAUGCCGUUGCGUAGGCAACCAAUUAUACACGCUGCAACAA